AUGGCUUGUUACCUGGUCAUCAGUUCGAGACAUCUCAGCAAUGGGCACUACCGGGGCAUUAAAGGAGUCUUCAGAGGGCCCCUCUGCAAGAAUGGAUCUCCUUCUCCGGAUUUUCCAGAAAAGGAGAAGUCCACAGCAAAGGCCCUGGAAGAUGUAAAGGCGAACUUUUAUUGUGAAUUAUGUGACAAGCAGUACCACAAACACCAGGAGUUUGACAAUCAUAUUAAUUCUUAUGAUCACGCUCAUAAGCAGAGACUGAAAGAAUUAAAGCAACGCGAAUUUGCUAGAAAUGUAGCUUCCAAGUCAUGGAAAGAUGAAAAGAAACAAGAAAAAGCACUUAAGCGACUUCAUCAGCUGGCUGAGUUAAGGCAACAGUCUGAAUGUGUUUCUGGAAAUGGACCAGCAUACAAAGCCCCCAGGGUAGCCAUAGAAAAGCAACUCCAGCAAGGAAUUUUCCCAGUUAAAAAUGGCAGAAAGGUAUCAUACAUGAAGAGUGCUCUUCUCCUUAAAGGAAAGAAUAUCUCCAGAAGCAUUUCUGAUAAACAGCGGUCCACUACACCAAAUCGACAUCAGUUACAAACAGACAGGCGUUGUUUGUUUGGAAAUCGGGUACCACAAACAUCUUCAGAUCUCAGCAAUGUAAGUCACAGGACAGGAGUAUCAUUUUCUUUUUCCAAAAAAGUGCAUCUAAAAUUAGAGUCUUCAGCAUCAGUUUUCAGUGAGAACACAGAAGAAACCCACGAUUGUAACAAGUCGCCCAUCUAUGAAACAAAACAAACUGCAGAGAAAUGCACAUGCUGCAGGUUUGCAAAUGAAGAUACACACCUAACUAAGGAAAAAGACAUAAACAUUUCAUCAAGCCAUCUGGAAAGUGUUUUACACAAUACCUUCUCCAUAAGCUCUCAAAUUUUGCAAGGCAAAAAUGAUUCUGUUGAUGAAACACUAGAAGAUUCGAUUGGCAUUCAUGCUUCAUUCAGUAAAUCUAACAUUCGUUUUUCAGAUGUGGAUUUUGCUCCUUCUAGCAGAGCAAAGGAAACUAGAAAUACAUUGAAGAACACUUCAGAGAAAUGCAUUAAUCACGCAUGCCAAGCAGAUGUUUCCCCCAGCCCACCAAACAUUUAUAAGCACAGUGACGCCAGGAUGUUUGAAUGUUUGGGUGAGUUUCCAUCAAUAGAGCCAAGUGAAAAAAGCAGUACAGUUCAUCUGGAUCCUAACUUCAGAAGGGAGAAGAGAGAAAAAUCAUUAGAUAAAACAGAAAGAGUUAGCAGAAAUGUACAAAGGCUGGUAAGAGAAGCAUGUUCCCAUGAUGUGAAGUCCAAACCACUGCCUUUUCUCCACGUACAAAGCAAGGAUGGCCAUACCACUCUCCAAUGGCCUACAGAACUGCUUCUGUUUACAAAAACAGAGCCCUGUAUCUCUUAUGGCUGCAACCCAUUAUAUUUUGAUUUUAAGCUUUCUCGAAACACAAAGGAUGGCAGUGAUCCAGAGGACUUAAAAACAGAAUUGCUGAAAGAGCCCUCGGGAAUGAAGACUACAAUGGAAAACCAAGUCUCAGGUUUAAUUAAAGACCAACAGAAAUUGAUCCAGGAAGAUAAUCAGUCUCUAAAACCAAAGAUGAUAGCUAAUCCAGAUUGGGAAAAUUUCCAGAGAAAAUAUAAUUUGGGCUACAGCAAUUCCGAGCCCAAUAUGAGUGAACAUAAUUUUAGUGCAAGUGAUUUGGAAAUGGAAAAUCCUGAAGUGCCUGCUUACGAUGAUCUCUCUCUAAAGAACUGUGUAGGAAACAGUAAUAAUAGUGAUAAUGAACUUAAGAAACCUUCAAGGGCCCAUUGGCAAAGCUGCCGAAGGGUAAUUCUAAAUGAUGCAAAUGAGGGCCUAUCUUUUUCUCCUUACAUUUCUAGGACGAAAAAGCAUAAACUGAUUUCCUGUGAUCCACAUGUGGAUUUUGAAAAUGGGAAUCAAUUCACCUGGAAUUCUAGUCCUAAAACAGUAAGAGGCCACAGUGAUCACAGGGAGGACUUCAGUGUAAUUUUGAAUAGUAACCCCAUCAGCAUGGCCAGCAGGGUUUCUGGAUGUGGAAAAGCAAGUCACAAGAGAAGUUCUCCAAAGGUGUCUCUGAACAGACGUUCUAGUCCUUCUGACACAUCCCCUAGCAGUACAUCCAGCUUGAGAAGUACUUGUUCAACUCAUGGGUCCAGUGGUCAUGGAAAAGGUAAUUUGCUCUACUUUUGUAAAAGAGAACACAACUCAGUUGAAAGGCACAAACGGAAACGCCGAAAGCACAGUUGUCUCUGCUUGUCUGAUGAGCUAACAACGAGUGCCUGCCCACAGUCUGAAACCCAGAGAGACAGGAGCUGCAAACUAUGGGAAUCAGUUAAAAAUGAAAAAUACUCAAAACAUGGUUAUGGUCACUGCAGAGAAAAAUAUAAACUGGGCAAAAAUCAACAAUUUUCAGGGCCAAAAUCUAAGAGAAUCACCCAUUAUGAUUCUAGUUCACAGGUUUCUUGUGCUGGAAACAGUGAAAAUCCACCUAAUUGCCAGGGACAUCAACACAACAAAUUGGGCUCUUACUCAAGAGAGAAAAUGUAUUACUUAAAUAAAAGGGAAAGAAGUCAACAGUCUUUGGACAGCCCUCAUCUAUGUGAACUGGGAAAAGUGAAAUCCACACAGUGUAACUCUAGGAAUAUCAGCUGCCUUCUAAGGAACUGUUCAAGCAGCCCUUCAGAAACCACAGAGUUGAACAUUAUAGAAGGAGAGAGGACCCACCUGACAGCCAAAAGUCUUUUAGAAAGAGUACAAGCCAAGAAAUGUCAGGAACAAUCAACUCAUUUUGAAGCCUCUUCCAACAGCUGUAAAAAUGAAUCAGAGGCUCCUUCACAAAUCCAAUGCACAAUUCAGUUUACACCACCAGGCUGUAACAGACCCUCAUUGCCUUUGUCUGAAAAAAUGCAGAACACAAGUAAAAGAAGAAAUGAUAAAAGCAGUGCAAUGCGAAGAACUAUUGACAAAGACGAAGUUAAAAGUUCCCAGACAAAUGAUUUUACUGUUUUAGUAGACACUGAUUGUGACAAUCAUCUUUCUAAAGGUAUAAUUCACAUAGUAGCAGAGUCUCAGUCACCAAACAUGAAAAAGAAUCCAACAACAAAAGAACAAUCAAAAUCAUUAAUUGGUGAAGUCCAACCUUUUAUUCAAAGUUGUGACCCAGUACCAAAUGAUUUCCCUGGUGCUUUUCCAUCUAAUAGAUAUACUGGUGUCACUAAUUCAACAGAGACCAAAGAGGACCAAAUAAAUCUAGACUUACAGGAUGUAAGCAUGCAUAUGAAUCAGGUAGAGGGGAAUAUAAACUCUUACUAUGACAGGACUAUGCAGAAGCAUGACAAAGUAGCAGAUGACUUAGAAGUGUGUCAUAAAUCUCUCUCUCCCCCGUUAAUUCAACAGCCCAUAACAUUUUCUCCUGAUGAAAUAGAUAAAUAUAAGCUCCUACAGCUCCAAGCCCAGCAGCAUAUGCAGAAACAGCUCCUAUCAAAGCAUCUUCGAGUUUUGCCUGCUGCAGGGCCCACUGCCUUCUCUCCGGCCUCCGCUAUACAGGCAGUUCCAGGUCACCAGCAGGCUUCUAUCACUACCAUCCACCACACGUUUCUGCAGCAUUUUGUUUCUGCUUCCAUAAAUGCCCAUAGCAGUCACCUCCCUAUAGCUCAUCUACAUCCCCUUUCCCAGCCACAUUUUAAUCCAUUCACAUUUUCACCCCUGACUCCAGCCAUCAUCCCUGCACACCCCACUUUCUUAGCGGGUCAUCCCCUGCGUUUGGUCACUGCUACUCCCUUCCACCCAUCUCACAUAACCCUUCAGCCCCUGCCCCCUGCAGCAUUUAUCCCCACAUUGUUUGGCCCUCACCUCAACCCAGCCACAACUUCUAUCAUCCACUUGAAUCCUUUAAUUCAACCAAUGUUUCAUGGUCAAGAUCUUUGCCAUCAUUCUUGCUCCAGUCAGAUGCAACCAUUAAAUGGAAUGAAAGAGGCCUUAAAUGUGUCAGCUCACUUGAACUAA